UCGUCCCCAUUUGGACAUAGUUUUUUUGGACGGUGCCAGACGCUGACCUGGCUCAUCCUCAAUCUUGUUCGUUCUUGUCUUCUCUCUCUCUCUCUCUCUUUUUCUCUCUCUAUUUCCAUGCUUUUGCAGAAUCUGUCUCAUAUAAGAUUCCUCUAAGCCCACUUUCAAAAAUUUUCAAACCAAUCUCCCCUGCUAAGGAAGAAGGAAGGGACCCCAUCUCUCUUCCCCUGCCGUCCUUCCUGCAACUCUUCUACCUUUCUUUCUUAUGCCAUAGUGGGUAUCCUAUACAACCCAAAAAAAAAAAAAAAAGCUAUAUUUACUCUUCCACGAAUGCUUCAAAGCCGCGUUUCCUUCCUUACCACAGAUGCUUAGGAGGAACCCUCGUUGAUUCGGCUUGCUGCUUUUUUAUGUUUCUGUGGGGUUCGAGGGAUUUCCUAGUUGGAGGUUCCUGAAUAUUCCUCCGAUCCUUCCAUGAUUAGUAGGGUUUAUGGCGUUGUUACCUGGCUCCAAGAAGGCCCUUUCAUAGGGGCUUUCGAGCACUAGAUUCUCAGCAGGUGGACACUGGAGGUGAAAACAUUAACAUUAAAGGGCAUUAUGGGUGUGAAAGCUCGUGAAAAUGCUCAAGACUCUCCAAGAGCAGAGGUGGGAGAGAUAGACACUAGGGCACCAUUCCAAUCAGUCAAAGCAGCAGUCAGCUUGUUCGGUGAAGUAGCCGUCUCAAGGGAGAAAGCUACCUUUAAAAAGUCAAAUUCUCUUUCGGCGGAGAGGGUAUUGGCAAAGGAAACACAACUUCAUCUGGCCCAGAAAGAGCUCAACAAGCUGAAGGAACAGUUGAAAAAUGCUAAAACCACCAAGGCCCAAGCAUUCACUGAACUUGAAAAGGCUAAAAAAACAGUGGAGGAUUUAACCAAUAAGCUGAAAAGUGUAAAUGAGUCUAAGGAGUCGGCAGUUAAGGUGACAGAGGUGGCAAAGAACCAAGCAAAGCAACUCGAAGAAGCAAACUCUGGUUGCCCUGUUGAAACUGAUGGUGCUUGGAAACAGGAGUUGGACAAUGCCAGAGAACGGUAUGCAGCCACCAUUUCUGAACUUGAUGCUGCCAAACAAGAACUCAGAAAAUUCCGUCAGGAUUUUGUGUCAUCCAUGGAAGAAAAAGCUGCUGCAUUCAACCAAGCAGCAGAAGCCGAAGUCAUAGCAAAGGUUAAUGAAGAGAAGGCUGCUGAAUUGUCAAAGGAAAUUGCAGCCACACAAGAAUCACUUGGGCAUGUGAAGCUGGCUUCUUUGCAAGCUCAGCAGGAGCAAGAAAAGAUUCUUGAGGAAAAAAAUGUCCAAAGGCAGUCUUAUAGAGCUGCCCUGGAAGAAGCACAGAAUAAACUACAAUCUUUGAAGAAAGAGUUUGAUCCGGAAAUCACCAGGAAUCUUGAAGGUAAGCUUGCUGAAACAUCUGCUGAGAUUGGGGUGUUACAAAAGGAGAUGGAAAAUGCCCGCGCUUCUGAUCUAGAUUCUGUAAGAACUGUGACUUCAGAGCUUGAUGGUGCUAAAGAGGCAUUGCAAAAAGUUGCAGAGGAAGAAAGCACUCUUGGAAGCUUGGUGGAGUCCCUUAAGGUGGAGUUGGAAACAGUGAAGAAAGAACAUUCUGAACUGAAAGAGAAGGAAGCGGAAACUGAAUCUGUUGCUGGGACCUUGCAUGUGAAGCUCCAGAAAAGUAAGGGUGAGCUUGAGGCAGCCCUAGCUGAAGAAUCUAAAGCCAAAGGUGCUUCUGAUGAGCUGAUCUCUACCCUCCAACAGCUAUCCUCAGAAUCUGAAAAUGCAAGAAAGGAGGCAGAAGAAAUGAAGAGAAAUGCUGAAGAGCUGAAGAAAGAAUCUGGAGCCACCCAGACUGCCCUGGAAGAAGCAGAAAAGACACUACAGAUAGCACUGAAAGAGGCAGAAGAAGCAAAGACUGCGGAGGCUAGGGCCCUUGAUCAGAUUAAGAUAUUGUCCGAAAGAACAAAUGCAACUCGUGCCUCAACAUCAGAAUCUGGUGCAAUGAUCACAAUCUCAGGGGAGGAAUUUGAGUCUUUGAGCCGGAAAGUUGAGGAAUCUGAUAAAUUGGCUGAAAUGAAAGUAGCUGCAGCAAUGGCUCAGGUGGAAGCCGUAAAGGCAGGUGAGAAUGAAGCACUAAAGAGGUUGGAGGCAGGCCAGAAGGAGAUUGACGAGAUGAAGGCUGCAACAGAGGCAGCUUUGAAGAGGGCAGAGAUGGCAGAGGCAGCAAAGAGAGCUGUGGAGGGAGAACUGCGGAGGUGGCGUGAAAGGGAGCAAAAGAAAGCAUCUGAAGCUGCUGCUCGAAUUCUCGAGUCGGAGGUUUCUGCACCUUCAUCGACACAGAAUACCACGGUUCAGAAGCAGAACCAACCAGAGAAGGUUGUUGGCAUCCGUAAGCUGGAUAAAGAAAAGACAUCCAUCUCAAAGAAGGUAUUGUUGCCCAAUCUCAGUAGUAUCUUCCAGAGGAAGAAGAGCCAUAUUGAGGUUGGCUCUCACUCUUACCUCCCUGGGGAGAAACCAGUGUGAUUUUUUUUUUUUUUUUUUUUUUUGAUGAUGACUAUUGUGCAAGUGUGAAUGACCUGAGGGGAAGAAGGGAGAAAAAGAAGACUAAGAGGAGGGGGGAGGGGGUUGGGGGUUGGAAAGAAAAACAUGUCCAUGGCUUGGUUGUGUAUAUUCUAGUUCUAGAGCACUAGUAUCUAUGUUGUUUCUUUUCAUAUGUCAAUAUCUGGAGGGGAUGAUGACAGAUUAAUAAGACCAAAUUCUGAAGUUGAGAAA